AAUCUGUGGUUAUAUAUUGGCAUAUUAAUCCCAAAGAAUUUACUACUAAAUUGUGAACAGGUUAAGAUGGAUGUAGUACAAGGAUGCUGGCGAUGUGAGACAAAGGAAACAAAUAAGAGGUGCACUCGUUGCAAUUUUGCUGAGUAUUGUGGAACUCGUUGUCUGGAUCGUGACAAGAUCAGACAUAAAGUAGAAUGUGACAUGUGGAAUAGAAAUACAAAGUGUGCCGGAUGUCAGAAAGAAAUAAAUUGCUUAUUGUGCUCUGCAUGCAGAGAAAUCUCCUAUUGUAGCCGUGAAUGUCAACGCCAAAAUUGGCCAUCUCACAAAGCUGAAUGCAAACUAAUUCGCAAACUAGUGAAAAUGACAGCAGAGCGGCGGAAGCAAAAAUUCCAGAACGUAUCACAUGAAUCUUUUCCGUGUUAUUUCGGAAACACCAUAGCUACCGAUGUACUGAAACUAAACGUAAAUGAAGCUGAUCCAUCAUCGGAAGAUGUUGCUUCUCAACUUACAAGAGACUACAACAUCUUAUUCGCUGGGGCUGGAGACUUGCGCAAUCUCCUGCUUACAACAGCAUCACUUCCAAGCAACUUCACUGGUAACAUCAUGUUUACCCUGAACGACAUAGAUCCAUUUGUUCUAGCGAGAAAUGUACUAUUCCUGUACAUGAUGAUAACUCUUAGCUCUAGAAAAUCUAUCGAGACGUCCAUUACAAAUAUAUGGUAUUCACUUUUGCUCCCAGAUGAAGAUUUUUGCCUCCUUACUUCAACCCUCAGUGAACUUAUAGAGCACACUGUGGAAACGCUGAAGGUUAAGACAAGCUUUUACCUUGACUUAAAAGAAGUAGAUUUGGAACUGAUGAAAGAAGUUUGGAAAAUGUGGAGGGAAAUGGAAUGUGACACUUGUAAGCGGAACUCAAUUGAUUUGUCUGCUCAGAGAUCCAGCUUGUUUGGUAGGAAUCCUGGAUUAGCAAAAGCUACAUCGGUUUACAUUCAGAAGAUUCCGCAAAAGUAUCGCACAUCUGCAACAAAGUACUUUGAGAAUGGAUUGUUUUUACCAAAAGAUGUUUGUAAAAAAUACAAUCUACAAUAUGACAACCCUACCCUUACUGGAAGGACAAAACCUACAGCAGAAGAAUUAUCAUCUCCUCAUUUAGGCCAGCUAGACAUACAAAAAAGACCGAAGUUUUGCAACUUUGUUUACUGCAUCGAAGAGACCUUAACACCAUUUAAUGGCUGGGAUUACAUCCAGGCUGAAAAUUUAUCAGAAACUGAUUCAAUCGUUGAUUUAUUUCAUACGUACAUUGCUAGCAUAAUUAAAUCUGUUAUGACAUGUUUUCAGAAAGGUAUGAUCUAUUCGAAACUUAUCAUUGAAAAUUGUAUAAACCUUUGUAACGAGCCUAAUGUUGAGGCUCAAUUCGACCGCAUCAUGACAUCGAAUACUUCAGAUUAUACUGGCAUCAAAAAACUGUUAUCAUCAAUGCGUCCCCUUUUGAGUAAAAAUAACAAGCACGCAGUACUUGUUACGGAGACACUAAACUGGAUACACUGGUGCCCUAGUGCAGACUUGAAGCGAGUAAAUCCAUUGGAAUUACUUGUUUUAUACGAUGCAAUGCAAGCAGACAUAGGGCUUUGUAUAGAUUCGAUUUAUUUACUGAAUGAUUACUUUGACAACACUACAUUGUUCAUUCGUUUCUUACGCAUUUUGUUUCUUGAGACAUCUAAUUUGAUGAUUCAACAAAAUCUUCCACACUUCCCGAAAGUUUUUGAAAAUUAUGAAGGUUUGAGACUCAGAGAUUUUACAAAAGAGCUUAAUAAGGUAAUUCCGUUUCGCUAUCGGGGAAAUGUGAGGUUGUGUAACAAUAUGUUAGCAUCACAGAGAAAUAUAGAAUGGCAACUGGUCGGAAAUGUGCAGUUGCAGUAAGUAAAAUAUAAUUAAGCAAAAUAACAGAAACAAAUGUAGUCCCUAGUUCUGUAUUUUGUGUAAACUUCAUUGAAAUGCAAAUAGUAAAUACUAUCUGUAAUUCAGAAUUACAGUAGAACUUCUCUUGAGGACAGUCUGUGAAAUCACUUCAAACACUACAGGGACACCUCCAUUAAAGGGACGGGGAUACUUGCGUGCCAAAUGAUUAAAUCAACACCUUAUUAAAAAUGUGCAUAUUUGUAGUGCUUUUAAUUUCACAAUAUUCUUAGCAAAUUAAUUAUUGAGAAAGAAUUUACCUUGUAAAGAUGGCACCUGUCCAGAAAAUAUACGAGAGAAUAUCAAUGAAUAGAAAAAUUAUUGCAUGAGUACUAUCACCCUACCUCUUCCGUAAUUUUGUUUGUUGUCAACUUUUUAUUUUGGCGCCUGAAAGCUUAGUUUAACCAUAGAGCCAAGAAACUGUAACCAUGUUAGUGGAGCUGUAUGAUGGCUUACAACUUAGUUUAACUGUAACCAUGAAGUGGAGCUGUAUGAUGGCUUACAACUAUAAACAAUUGUACUCACCAAGCUCUAUCCCCCUCGACUUGGCUUAUAAAGCAUCGUCCAUCCAGUAUUUGGCGAGUUACUUGUUGCUGUGUGUAAAUAAAAUAGAAUAAAAUAAUGUUUGGAUAAUACUGAAGCUACUAAACCCAUGUUAAAUAGUUUGAACAUUGAUUUGUAACCAUUUAAAACAAGAACUUAAUUUCAACAAAAAACAUAAUUCAGGUCUGUCCACGUGAGUUUAUUUCUUUGUCACCAAUCACUUGCUUCAAAUAUGGCAAAUAUAAUAUCCCAAUUGAUAAAUUGUUUAUAGGCGUCACAAAACCUUACAAUACAUGUACAUGCAUUACCUCACCAAACUAUGGAUAUCAUUUAAUGCAUGUUGUAUUUUUACAUAAAGAAAAAAGACGACGUCAUCAACAGGCUAUGUGAACAGACUGAUGACACAUACACAUGUUCAUUGUACAUACAUCAUCAUCAACUUUUGGCUUUGAGCAUGACAUACGCAGAAUAG